AUGGCUCAAGCGUCAUCUACCUCCAAUAGAUCUAUCAAGCUCAAGCGGGAGGUCUCUCAAGUGCCCAUCACUUCCGUUGGUUUAUACACCACACUAUCGGGCAAAGUAUACAUAAUAGCUGGCGAGGAUGGUGAUUUGACUGUGUAUGAUGGCCCUCCCACCGACACAGAGGAACCCAUCCAUCGGAUAUGUGUGUUUGAAGACCAGCCCAUUCACGGUAUCCGCGUUCACAAGGAUGAAACGUCCUCCGCUGUCGCAAUUCUCCUCUGGGGAGCUUCAUACGUCGGUCUCCUCGACGGGACGCCCCUCGACGACGGGAACCAGCCUCUUCUUCUGGCAACCACCUCUGCACCAGACUGGAUCUACGACGCAGCCAUAUCCCCGUGGGACUCGUCCAUUGCGGCUCUGGCGACCGCUCACAAUGAAGUCGUUCCAAUGACGUACCACCCUGACGCCCGCGCCCUCACCACGGGCGACGUAACCUCCCCCUCGAGACCGAUGCUCUACGCCUCCCAUCUACGAUGGAUAUCGCCCACGGGCGUCCUGGUGGCAGCUGGAACGGUAUUCGGCAACGUCAUCGUGUGGAAGUACCACGCGGAAACUGCCUCUCACACCAUGCUCUUUGUGCUCCGUGGCCACGAGGGAUCCAUCUACGGGGUAGACAUUUCGCCAGAGCUGGCGCUGCCGAAUGGAUCGACGGCUCGUCUCCUCGCCAGCUGCAGCGAUGACAGGACAAUCAGAGUGUGGGAUAUAAGCAACCAUGAGGGACCGCAUGAAUCUACGCUGGACUGUGUUACGGAAACCGGCUUCAAAGCUGCCGAGCGCUACGACGAGGUGCAGGCCGCCUGUGUAGACGGACAAGUCGUCCCUGUUGCGGUGGCAAUGGGCCACGCCUCGCGCAUCUGGGGCGUCAAGUUCGGCGUCGACGAGGGACACGUCGUCCGGGAUGGUCGGCUGCCCAUGUAUUCCUUUGGGGAGGACUCUACCGCCCAGCGGUGGGAAUUGUCUCUCGGCCCGUCACUGUCGGGCACGAUUUCCCACCGGCAGACGCAUUCGCUUCACGACGGCAAACAUCUCUGGGCGCGGGCGCUGGAUAUCCGGAAUGGAUGGAUUCGCAUUGUUACCGGCGGUGCAGAUGGCAGAAUCAGCUUCAUUGAGGAUGCGGCCGCUGUUGAAGAGGCCGGCGCCCAGCUGACUACGAUAGAUGUACCGCAUCUGUUACAGUCGCCGUCGGAUUCGGCUAGUGCUCGUGAAAUGAUAAGUCGGUACGACUUUAUUCUCGACGACACCAUGCUCGCCAUCACCAAUGCCGGUAGAUUGUUUUUGGGUUCAUUGUCUGGAACCCAAACGUGGGAAGAGGUCAGUGUCGGUCAAGAUGUCGCGCCAGACCUGAAGUCGUGCUAUGUCCUGCGGAAAAUCGGCCACGGCGCAGCGGUAAUAGGAACCACCAGUGGCAGGAUUUUCUUCUUCCAGACUCGCCAAGUCAGGCCGGUGGGGAGCGUUCCGGGGCGAAUCGUGGAAAUCAACCACCUCGCAAGCACUGCCGACACCAUCGAGCUGCUGGUUCACCUCCACGGGUCCCCGGCAUCGCGGUACUUGACCCUCUCGCCCGCAGGAGACCUUCUUUCAGAGCACCAAAUCGCAGGUUUAGACGCCCGGUUCGUCGCCAUCUCCGCCACGAGAUUGGAUGAUCUGCUCCUAGUCGGCUCCCGCCACGGAUGGAUGUCUAUCCUCGUUCAAAGAGACGACACAUGGCACCCGAUUCUGGAUCUAGCAACACGCAGCCGCGACGCAAUCACAUCCAUCGUUCCCCUCCCGCCUAGCCGGAACCCCUCGUCAGACUCACGACACAUCCUCGUCACCAGCCGCGACGGCAAAUACAGAAUAUACCAAAUCCGACGGACCGACGCCGCCAAUGCUGCCCUUGCCCUUGUACACGAGACGAGCCCCCCCUUUGGGCCCAUGAUAGAAGGGGCGUGGUUCUCAAACACACCCACCCCGGAACUUCUUCUCUACGGAUUCAGAAGUAGAGACUUUGUAAUAUGGAACGAAUCUACGAGGGAAGAAGUCGCCUCGAUCAACUGCGGCGGCGCCCACCGCACAUUUCGUCUCGACUACAGCGCGGAGCAACCGGAACUAUACAGAUUCGCGUAUACCCGGACAUCCAAGCUAUCCAUCUACUCACAGACUCGCGUGCCGCAUCGUACGGUAAAGUCCGGCACGCACGGCCGUGAGAUUCGCGCGCUGAGCUCGAACAAGCGGUAUAUUGCAUCUGGGGCAGAAGAUACCUCGAUCAGGAUAUGGGAGUACGUUGCUGCGGAUGAGAAGAAAGAAAGAGGCGCAGCGAUGCGGUAUUUGGCAUGUUUAAAGGCCCAUAUCACGGGGAUCCAGAAACUGCACUGGUUUGAAGACGACUAUCUUCUUAGUAGUGCUGGGAAUGAGGAGUUUUUCGUGUGGCGCGUUCGGACCCUGGAUUCUGCGUAUGCGGGCCUUGCUGUUGUCUGCGAGGGGAGUUUUGCGGACAAGAGUCCGACCAGGGAUUUGCGCAUCAUGGGUUUCGAUGUUUCGAGGGCGGUGGAUGGACAGAGGAUGGCCAUUACGCUGGCCUUUUCUAAUUCAACGCUCAAGACGUAUGAGUAUGGCGCAGAUGGUAGCUUCAAGUUGUUCGCGACUGGGCUCUAUACCGGCGCAUGUAUCACGCAAUUGAGGCAUCUUGGCCAGAUGGAUGAACAACUUUGGGUGUUGACGGCGUCUACGGAUGGGCACAUGGCCUUGUGGAAGACCAGAGCAGCAUCGUCUGCCUUGGGCAGCCUCACGCUGCAGGCUGCUGCUCAAGUACACCAGAGUAGCAUCAAAAGCCUUGAUAUGGUCAGACAGAACGGCAUCUUUCAUAUACUAACGGGAGGUGAUGAUAACGGCCUUGGAUUCACAGAAGUUGCCGAGGUCCGGGACGAUGCUGGUCAUACGGAGUACCGGUUUGCUGGUCGUGGAAUCGUUCGCGGCGCUCACGCGGCAUCAGUCAACGGUGUUGCACUGCUGGCACAGGGUCAAGAUGACGGCAGAGACGGCCUCGCCGUAAGCGUCAGCAACGACCAGCGUAUCAAGAUUUGGCGCAUCGCGAAGAGCAAUCCGCAAAUGGUUACACUGGCGAGUUGCAUCAGCAGCGGCGUGGCAGAUCCCGGUGAUGUUGCGGUUGUCGAUCAAGGGAGCUCACGGCAGGUGAUCCUGGGCGGGAUUGGAGUCGAGGCAUGGAGUGUUGUGCAGUGA